GCGAACUCUCCCCAACUUCCCCAAGCCUUCCCUCUCUCGCAAGAAAGAAACUUGUUUGCAUUUCUAGAAACAGAAGAGAGAAACAAACCCCACCGAUCAAUCACACUGAGACAGACUGCAAUGGCGAGCGACAAGUCGGUGAUGGCAGUGAUCAGAGCAGCGAGGCCAUCAUUUCGCAAUAACAACGACAAGGUCGUCUUUGCCGUUCACGCCUCCUUCCUCGCCUCCGGCUACGUGCUCACCGCCGCUGGCCCCCCUGCUUUUUCCGAUUCUGCUCUCUCUUCGCCUUCGACUGAUGAAGUGGGUAUGGACCAGUGGAACGAGCUUGACGACGAGUACGCGUUCGUCUAUGUGAACCCAGAAAAGGGUUCGAAAAAGGUGCUGGUUAAGUGCCUUGUAAUGAACGAUAAAUUGCUUGUAGAUGCUCUGGCUGAUGGGAGUUCUGAGCCCGUCCAUCUUGAAAUCAACGUUGGUGACCAUGUUGGAGAGAAUGGGGGUAGCAAUUACUCUACACAGUUCAAGAAUUUGGAGAAACUGGUGAAGAGUCUGGAAACGCAAGUUUUGACUAAAUUAGAUGGGUCUUCCAGUGUCAGUUCCUCUAGUAACCCUUCAAGUUCAGAAAGGAAUGACAGAUCAACGAGUGAGCCUGUUUAUGGACCUUCUGGCUCCCAACCUAAUCCUUCAGGAAUGGUGUUUCCUCCUAUUAAUCCUACUGGUGGUUUUAGUGAUCUUCUUCCUGGGCCUGGUGCUGGAAUGUAUCCUACUAGGGGCGGUUUUAGCAGUGGGGGCAUGCUUCUAGGACCCAAUGAUCCUCGGUGGUUUGGUGGCGUUGGAGAGCCUGGGUUUCCAGGAGGAGAACCGGGUUUUCCUCGUUUUGAUCCCCAUAGGCCAGCGGGUGUUCCACCAGGUGCCCGUUUUGAUCCAUAUGGCCCUCCGGGAGUUCCUGGUUUUGAGCCUAAUCGGUUUGCAAGGAAUCCGCGGAGGCCAGGGAGCGGGACUCAUCCAGACCUGGAGCAGUUUGGGGGUGGCUCAGAUUUCAUUUAGAUGUGUGAUGCAAAAGAGCUGUCCUUUGACCUCAAAUAAGAAAUACUUGAGGACUUACAGGAGCUAAGAGAUGAUCUUGUUUUUCUUUCUUUUGGCUUGCAAGUUACCUAUGUAAAUGAGAGUUUGUACAAAGUUUCUAACAUGGUAUCUGUAAUGCGUAUUCUCUCUCCCUUUUUUCUUAAAGAGCCUUUAUGGUUUAAUGCAAGGAUUAAUCAGAUUGCACAGGAGA